GCACUGACAACGGCUUAGGUGAGAGCAGUCUCGCGCAACUUGCAACAGUCGGGGUUAUAGCAACGGAAAAGCCCAUCGUUAGACACGACGGGACGGCUGAGAGAGACGCUGUCGCACUCCAGUCUUUUUAUAAGGUGGUCCAUCACAACCUGAUUGGAACAGUUCACACCCAACACACACCCAGUGCAGCACACUACAAAACGAAAGAACAAGUGAUUUACAUUGUUGAACAAAAACCUUUCAGGACUGCUUGAAAGAGACAGGAGGAUGGCGGUGAAUGUCUACUCCACCUCUAUGACCAUAGAGAACCUGAGUCGUCAUGACAUGUUGGCAUGGGUUAACGACUCUCUACAGCUCACUUACACAAAGAUCGAGCAGCUUGGCUCAGGUGCUGCCUACUGUCAGUUCAUGGACAUGCUGUUUCCAGGCUGCAUAUUGUUGAAGAAAGUCAAGUUCGGUGCUAAGUUGGAACAUGAAUACAUCCACAAUUUCAAGGUCUUACAGGCUUCAUUCAAGAGAAUGAAUGUGGACAAGAUAAUUCCUGUGGAGAGGCUGGUGAAAGGGAAGUUCCAGGACAACUUUGAGUUUCUUCAGUGGUUCAAGAAGUUUUUUGAUGCCAACUAUGAUGGGAAAGAAUACGACCCUUUACUGACACGGCAGGGCCAGGAUGUAACACCGCCUCCACCUACCCCAGGCCCCAUGAGAACAUCUCCCACAGUACCAAAGACUGUUCCUACCCCUCAGAGGCAGAUAGCACCAGCCCGCAGGAGCGCUCCCAUGACCCGCAAUGGAGGAGACGCAGAGCUCAUAGAGCUCAACCAGCAGCUGCUGGAUUUGAAGCUGACUGUAGAGGGGCUGGAGAAGGAGAGAGACUUCUACUUUGCAAAGCUGAGAGACAUCGAGCUCAUCUGCCAGGAAAAUGAAAAUGAUAAUAACCCAGUCCUCACCAAAAUCAUGGAUACACUGUAUGCUACAGAGGAGGGAUUUGCACCACCAGAUGAUGAUGAGAUUGAUGAAGCGGCACAGGGAGACCAGGACGAGUUCUGAACUCCUCGUCUGUUCAUCACCUUCAUAAACCAGCCCCCUCCCCUAUCACCCUUUUACCUACCUGAAAAUUAUUGUCAUAAUUCCCCUUUUUCCCCUUUAUUUGACUUUUUACGAUCCCCUUACCUCUCCCAUUGUGUCUGUGGCUGUCCAUAUCCAUGACGACUUGUUGCACAGCCUAGCUUCCCAAAACUAGCAAAUGACACUUAACCCAGAUCUGUCUGGACCAGGGCCCAGCAGUCUGACUUGGCUUACUCAACUUAUUCUAACCAGAGGCUAACCUCAGAGGUUUGAGUUUAAAAGCAAUGAGAUUACAAAGAUCCAGCACUGACAGCCUGCAGCCGAGAAUGCUGUCAAUAUGUCUGUCACUUUCUUUCACCAUGCACUUUGAUUGGUCACCACAAGAAGACAUGCACUUGCAUCAGGGUACAGAUUUAAUAUAUGAAACCACACAAUGUGAUCAGUUUGAGGAUAUUUUGGCUGUAAAUUUCACAAAGUGAGAUUAUAAAUGGUGUUUAUCCCCUUUAGAGAGCAGCCUGCACAUACAAUAUAUUUUUAAAAUAUUACUUAUGAUGACACGUGAACGUACAUUCAGCCCGCAGACAUAUCACAGACUCUAUACUGCACACAUGUACAUGUAAAGAAGUCAUCAUUCCAAGGUAAAAGCACUACAGUUGAAAAUGCUCUUAUUCAUCAAGUUGUCCCACCAGAGAGGGAUUGCUCAUGAAUGCUUUAUGAGACAGCAUGAUGUAUUUAUGUUUUUAUUUAUUUAUCUUUUUUUAAUCUGCUUGAUACAGUUUCUGCAAAAAAUGAGGUUUUGGAUUUGGAAAUCUUGCACUAAAUGUAGCUGAAACAAACCGACUGAAAUGAUCCAGAAUGCCAACAUGCAGUGACUGGCUGUAGCCAGGAUGAUACAGGAAGAAGCUAUUUUAUAUUUUGUAGAUUUCUUUGAAAGAGGUUUGUUUUUUUAUUUGCAAUGAAUUCCUCACUGGCCAAGUCAGAGGCAUCAUUGUAAAAGUUAUUUAUCAGACAAUUGUCAGGCUUUGAAUUCUAUGAAUGAACAAAUGUUAAAAAUAAAAAUAAGAUUACGGACAGACACUACUAAAUACAAAUGUUUGACCGUGUUAAUUGAGUUAAACAUUGUAGCUGCUAUCAUUAUUUUUCUGUUGCUAUUUAAUUGAGUUUUGUUGCAAAAGUGUUCAAAUGCCACAUUAGCUGCCAAGGCACUAUAGGGUGUGGUUUAUUGUGAUUGACAGCCAGGCUGAGGGUGACUGACAGUGGUUAGACCAGCCUGAGAGAACAUAACAUCAAACCCUCUCUCACCGUUUGCUAUCAUGGCAGCCAUGGGAUAAACCUGCAUCAUUUGGAGUUAACUGCUGGAAUGAAAUAAAGCUCUGAGGUUCAAGAAACGUAA